AUGUUUAGGUAUUUCUUAAUAUUAAAGCAAUGGCAAGUUAUGGCACGAGAAAAAGAGUACGCUACGAACUGCCAUACUGCUCUAACAAUAUCAACAACGACUACCACAACUUCUCUGCCUACUACUACUUCGACAGCCAACAAUUGUGAACCAUUUGAACGUCCUCCAUCACAUGCGACCUGCACAAGUCCACGAUGGCAAAAACGUGGUAUCACAUUAAACUCCUCUCCCAUCUCAGUUGGACGAAUGUGUAUCGAUAAUGAUGAUAACUUAUUUUUAGCAGAUUCAUCGAAUCAUCGUAUAGUCAAAUAUAUAAAGGACUCAAACGUUCCGAUUACAGUUGCUAGUGGACUCUACUAUCCUUCCGACGUUUUCGUUGAUCCUCUUAAUAACAUCUUUAUUGUUGAUAGAAAUGGAAUUCAUAUGUGGCCUGUCGACAGUACAAAAGGUGUAACGGUUGAUGAUAGCAGAAAUCGGAGUUUUGCGGCAAUUUAUGUGAAUAGUAAAGCAGAAAUUUAUGCGGCAGAAGUUUUUGCUAAUUUCACCGGUCGGAUGAUCAAGUAUUCGUCAUUAAAUUCAACUUCUGAAACAGUUAUUGAUGAUACACCAGGCUACCAUGUAGCAGGUUUAGUUAUUGAUCAAUGUGAUAAUAUUUAUGUAGGAGAUCGUGGUUACGAUAGACUUCUAAAGUAUCCUCGUGGUAUAAAUUCACCAGAAGUCAUGCCUAACCCCGGUGUUUCUGAUCCAAUCGAUAUUACGAUGGAUAAAUAUGGUAAUAUGUAUCUUGUUGACUAUUCUGGUCAUUAUGUUUCAAGAUGGAGUGUAAAAUAUGGUGGAUCUCACAUUAUAGCUGGUGUAAUACAUGUUCAGGGAUACGAUGAUGAACAUCUGUAUAAUCCAGUUAGCGCAGCAAUCGAUUCAAACGGAAACUUGUACGUUGGUGAUUCGAAAAAAGGCCGCAUUCAAAAGUUCGUACUAGAAAGUGGUGAUCUCUAUUGUUAG